AUUUAUUUUCUUGAUUAAGUUCUAUUUAUUUUUUUUUGUUGGAAUGAUCAGGAUUGUAUUGAAAAAAUAGACUCUCUUUAUAAUGUGGAAGAAACUUUUUUAUCGCAAUGCAGUCUAUAUUUCGCCCAUUAGACUCGAUCAGCUGAGGAGUAUAAGCGUUUUUUCUACAUCAGCAACAGCUGUAACAACGACACCAACCAGAGCAAAUACAUCAGCUACAAAUGUUUUAAGCGGCAAGAGAUUUGGCCAGCCGGUAGCCUUAACACAUCCGCAUUUAAUUAAUCAAGAUGAACUAGUAACUGGGAUAAAGUUAGACGAAUUUAAACAGCGCAGGCAUCGACUAAUGAUAAGACUGCAAAAAUACGUUGCCGAAAAUACUCGAGGUAUUAAUCGAGAUAAGCGGCAUCAUGCAGUAAUUAUCCCCUCAUCUACCAAGAAAUAUAUGAGCGAUAAAAUUCCUUAUGUGUUUCGACAAAACUCUGAUUUUUAUUAUCUGUGUGGCUGCUUGGAACCAGACACAGUGCUUAUGAUGAGUAUAGAUGAUAGAAACAAUAUAAAAUCUACUUUAUUUAUGAGACCUAAGGACAGCCACGCCGAAUUAUGGGAAGGUACACGUACCGGUGUUGAGUUGGCUUCCGAGCUGUUUGGUGUCGACGAAAGCUAUCCAAUGGAGAACUUUAAGCCAAUAUUUACAAAAUUAUUACAACAGGAGAGACCGUUGAUUUGGUACGAUUCGAGGAUCUCCGAUUUGCCGCAACUCAAUAAACAAAUGCUAAACGUUCUGGAGACAAUUAAAAGCGAAGAACAAUUAUUGUCGCCCAUAGGAUUAGUGCAUGGAAUGCGCCUAAUUAAGUCGCCAGCAGAACAAAAUUUAAUGAGGCGCACCUGCCAAAUAGCUUCCGAAGCCAUAAAUGACGUAAUGCGUUGCACUAAGCCUGGACAUUCAGAACAUCAUAUCUUUGCAAUGAUCGAUUAUCAGUGUCGUCUACGCAACGCUAGCUAUUUAGCUUAUCCUCCAGUAGUGGCCAGUGGUGCUAACGCCACCACCAUACAUUAUAUUGAAAAUAGUCAAUUAACAAAAAGCGGUGAUUUAGUGCUAAUGGAUGCGGGCUGUGAAUAUGGUGGGUACACAAGUGAUAUAACGCGUACCUGGCCAGUUAAUGGAGAAUUCAGUAAACCUCAAAAGAUUUUAUAUGACGUAGUUUUACAAUUACAAAAGGAAUUAAUUAAUAUAAUGUUAAAGGAAGGCGGGCAAACCUUAGAUGAACUUUUUGACACUAUGUGUAUAAAAUUGGGAAAAUAUUUGCAAGAAGUUGGGAUCGUAUCUAAGAGCAUUGACGACUUGAUCGGUUUGGGCAGAGCUGGUUAUGAAUUUUGUCCACAUCAUGUUUCACAUUAUCUGGGCAUGGAUGUACAUGAUACACCACAAAUCCCUCGCAAUUUAACACUAUUACCUGGCAUGGUAUGUACAGUAGAACCUGGAAUUUAUAUACCAAAAGAUCGCUCUGAUGUGCCAAAAGAAUUUCGCGGCAUGGGAGUGCGAGUAGAAGAUGAUAUUCUUAUUACAUCCGAUAACAAGAUCGAGAUAUUAAGCGACGCUUGUAUAAAAGAGAGAAUACAUUUGGAGAACUUGCAUAAAUAAAAAAAUUAACAAAAAA